AAGAAAGAAAAAGGAAAAGAAAACUAAUUAAAGUCCGCGCAAACCCUAGAAAAUACUGAUAUCCCCAAAUCCGAAGAAUCGAUUUCGUCAGCGGGACUCUGAAUCGAAGAGUUGUUUCCCUUUUAUUUUGUUUGUGUUGGUACAAUGUCACCGGAUCAUAGAGAUAGCCAUAGAAAGAGGUCACGUCCUCAGUCUGAUUACGAUGAAAAUGGUGGAAACAAAAGGAGAUAUCGUGGUGAUGAUAGAGAUUCACUUGUCAUUGAUCGUGAUGAUACUGUAUUCAGAUACCUCUGCCCUGUUAAAAAGAUUGGGAGUGUUAUUGGUCGAGGAGGUGACAUUGUCAAGCAGUUGAGAACGGAGACUAGAUCCAAAAUUAGAAUAGGGGAAGCGAUUCCGGGAUGUGAUGAACGUGUGAUUACGAUCUAUAGCCCUAGUGAUGAGACCAAUGCCUUUGGAGAUGGAGGGAAAGUUCUUUCUCCUGCGCAGGAUGCUUUGUUUAGGAUCCAUGAUAGAGUAGUUGCAGAUGAUGCCCAGAGUGAAGAUAGCUCUGAAGGAGAGCAUCAAGUUACUGCUAAGUUGCUGGUUCCUUCGGAUCAGAUUGGAUGUAUUCUUGGCAGAGGUGGCCAGAUUGUCCAGAACAUUCGGAGUGAGACAGGUGCUCAAAUUCGCAUCAUUAAGGACAGAAACAUGCCUCUGUGUGCCUUGAGUUCAGAUGAGCUCAUUCAGAUAUCUGGAGAAGGGCUCAUUGUUAAGAAGGCUCUGCAUCAGAUUGCGUCUCGCCUUCAUGAAAACCCUUCACGUAGUCAGAACCUACUGUCGUCUGCAAUGUCUGGUGGACAUCCUCCUGCUUCACUGAUGAGCCAUGCGGGUGGUCCUCGACUUGUAGGGAUAGCACCGCUAAUGGGUUCCUAUGGACGUGAUGCAGGAGAGUGGUCACGCCCUUUAUACCAACCUCCAAGAAAUGAGCCACCGGCAACAGAGUUCUAUAUUCGGCUAGUUUCCCCAGUUGAGAACAUUGCAAGUGUGAUAGGGAAAGGUGGUGCUCUUAUCAAUCAGCUUCGACAGGAAACCAGAGCAACCAUUAAAGUUGAUAGCUCUAGAACUGAAGGAAACGAUUGUUUAAUAACUAUAUCAGCAAGAGAGGUUUUUGAGGACGCAUAUUCCCCAACCAUAGAAGCAGCUAUGCGUCUGCAACCAAAGUGCAGUGAUAAGGUGGAAAGAGAUUCUGGACUUGUUUCAUUCACGACUCGUCUUCUUGUGCCAAGUUCUAGGAUUGGUUGUAUCCUUGGUAAAGGAGGAGCCAUCAUAACUGAGAUGAGAAGAAUGACAAAAGCUAACAUCCGCGUACUGGGGAAGGAAAAUCUCCCAAAAGUUGCAUCUGACGAUGAUGAGAUGGUUCAGAUCUCUGGAGACCUUGACGUUGCCAAGGAUGCUCUCAUACAAAUUACAUCAAGAUUAAGAGCCAAUGUUUUUGACCGGGAAAGUGCUGUUUCUGCACUUAUGCCGGUCUUGCCUUAUGUUCCUGUUGCACCAGAUGCUGGUGAUAGAUUGGACUAUGAUAGUAGAGAUAGCAGAAGACUGGAACGUGGGAAUCCUUAUCCUGGUGGUUAUGGCUCAAGUGCUUUGUCUUCUGAGAGUUAUUCUCCGUAUGGCCCGCCGGUUGGUGGUAGUAGUAGUACUCCAUAUGGAGUGUAUGGAGGAGGUUAUGCAUCUGAACGCAGUGGCAGUUCUGGGUUAUCCAGCCAUUCUUCUACCUAUCGACGCAGAAACUAUGAUUACUAGAAGCUAUUGGUGGGUGAUUAGAAAGAUCUUAUGCAGGGAAAGAGAUGAGCGAGAAUAUAACGAACCACUUUGGGCAUUAACAUCAAUCUGUUAUCCCUUGUGGUCCACAUGAAAGGUAUAUAAACUUCUUCUCUCUAUGUUAUUUGUCUUUGCACAUAUGCUUCUUUGGCAGGAGUUAAAAGACAGGUUGCUAUAUCUGGAAGAAUGAAGACGCUCUUGUUAUUUGAUUGUCGGUAUGACUACUCCAAAGACCGUUCGGUUUAGUGGCUAUGACUGUCCGGUUUUCUUGCCUGAGCCACCCGGAUUUGGCUACCUAUCUCAAAGAAAUCUCUACAUUUCUUGAAUGUUGAAUCGAAUGAUGAGUUAGAUAUACUCAGAUUGGUAGAAGAAAAUUAUUUAUCUAACUCUUUUAAGAAAAUAUAUGAAUCAAUUUAUUUUGUAAAACUAUUUGGAUCAGUAAAUAUUUGUGUACUGUA